UAUUCGUGACGUUGAAGCUGAUAACAUUUCAAAAAGUAAAUAAAUAACACCGACCAUUACAAUUAAAACAAUAUUAGUUUUUGUUAAGCGUGUUGAAAACAGGUGAUCCGUGAGUCAUCCCCUCGGCGUGUUCUAUGAUGUUCUGUUGGCCGUGGGCUAGUACGGUUUGAAAUCAAAGAAAAUCGACUGGAAGCAUAAAAAUAAAAUAACACCAGAACCCGGUAGAAGUUCGAUGGCGUUCAACGUGGACACUCCGUUCUCCGUGAUAGCCGAUUGGUCUUGGAACGAAGCGUGUAAAUAUGCUAGAGAAGCUGCGGUGUUCUUGGACGAAUACGCUGCUGAGUCUCUUCACUGGCAUGGUGGUUGCAUACUUCUUUAUCGAGCUGGUGCCAAAAGUGUCAAAGAAUUGUCUUCGUUCGAGAGUGGUCAUCCAAAAGAUCGUAGAUGUUUGUUGAUUGUUGGAAAACCAGUCGAUGAAUCGACUGUUACAAUUGUUAGAGAUGUUUUGAACAACAGUAAUUUCAAGUAUUGCCGCUUUAUAGCUGGGUGUGGGUUUGAAUCUUAUGAUAUUGAAAAGUUAGAAAAUGAACUAUGCAAAACCGUUUCAUCCAAAUACGAGGAUGGAACUGUGGAUGUAAUGGAUAUACCAAUUUCAUUGACUUGCUUAUCUCCUACAUUAUUUUUAAUUCCUCAUCUUCAAGAUAUUCCUAUACUUAUAGAGAAUAACUAUCAAAAUUAUGUAUCAAAAAUUUCGGCCACUUUAAAUAACAUAUUUGACCAUUUGAAUGUAAGACAUGACAUUUAUUCCAUUGGACCUUUAAGUGAAGCUGUAUCUCAUCAUUUUUCUAAAAUUCAGAAAUCAGUAAAUUCAGAUUUGAGUCGUGUUAAUGUAAUACUUAUUGAUAGAAUAAUUGAUAUGUAUGCUGUUACUGAUUUUGCAUCUAGCUGUCUGUUAGACAAAAUGAGCAUGUUAUUGAAUAGAUUCCCCAAAACAUGUUCAGAUAUUGCAGUCACUACUGAACCUUUGAUAAAAGACUCAAAGUACAAGGAAGUCAAUGAUCAAUUAGAAGUACCAAUGUGUUUGGCUCCAACCUUGAAGCCUACUCCAGUAGUUGAAUGGUUACUAACUAAAAAUGAAAAAAAUGUAUUGGCAAACAUACGAACAGUAUUAACUGAAAAAUGUUCAGGACCCGUUCGAAAAACUAUAUCCAGAAUUACACCACAACUCUUUGAAACCAUUUUAUCUGACGAAAAGUUUAAUAACAAAGAAAAUAUUGAUUUAAAACAACAAGUGUUAUGUAUAUGUGCUGCUUUGAAAUCCUCAAAUCUCUCAAAAAUUGAACUUGCUCAAAAUAUUGGUAAACUAUUAUUACAAAAUAUUUCAUUGGAAAGUGACAUUGACAUUUUGACACAAGUUGGUCAAUUAUUUAAAACAAGAAAAGAUAGAAAGCUAUCACUCGAAAUCCUCUUGUGUAUUUUAAUUCAACUGUACUCAGUUGUCGAAGAAGAUUUUCAAAUAUCAGAUGAACAUCAGAUAAAUUUAGAAAAUAUGCUUGGUGAAGCUUUUUAUGAUGACUUAAAAUAUUUACCUGAAUAUAUUAUUAAAGAUUUUAUAGGAGUCAAUUCAAUUACGCCACUAGCAUGCCAACAAGCUGCUGAAAAUUUUAUCUUUAUUUUAAAUCAAAUCAAGUCAUCAAGACAGAAUUUUGUUCAGUACAGAAAACUAUUUGUAAAAGAAAACACUUAUGCACCAGCGAGCUACAGUUCUUUUGUCAAACAACUGAUGGAUGAUGUGUGUAGUCCAAUGCGACCGAAUUUACCAGUUUUAAAAACCAAGUCCGAUGGCCUUACAGAUUUCAUUAAAAUAGGCUUCAAUAAAAUUAUUAACACAGUCAACAAACAUCCACUGGAUUGUGAUCAUCUCAUUGUGUUCAUCAUUGGUGGUAUAAGUGGACAUGAAGUGCAUUCUAUUUGUGAAGCAACAAAAAACUGCGGCAUCAGAGUUAGCAUAGGAUCUACAAGAAUGUUAUCGCCAUAUGAGGCAUUGCACUCAUUGUUCAAACGAAUGUAGUCAAUUAUAAAAAUUC